UAAACCAGCCCUCGCGCACAUGGCCUUCCGUUGAAUCCUGUGUAUAUCUACGAAGCUGUCCAGCCCAACCACGUCGAACAAUCUUAUUUUGGUCCCAAUCAUCCCAUAGCGGAGCUCUAAUCACUGUCUCUCGACGUUUUUGUCUCUACAUUAUUAUAACAAACACUUACAACAUUUACCUACUCGUAUUGCAAUUAUCUACACCAUCUAUACCAAUAUUCCAGGUACCAUUACAGCAUUCAAAACCAGUACUCGCGGGACAUUCGAGCCGUAGGCACAACCUAUACAUUUACAAUCGUAUAACCUGAUCAAGGAAUCGACCAAUACAAACAUACACAAUCUAAAAAAGCAGCAGCAGCCUCGCGGUUCUUUCAAUAGUGUCUGGACAAUCGUGCGCCAAAAUGAUGCAAGCCAGAGAUGCUACAGGCCGCCAGGUCUCGCUUCUGAAUGACGAUUCCUAUGCACGUCCUGUGACAUAUCGAAGCAUAAAUUCAUUUCAGUCAGCUGGAAAUGUUUCCCCGUCACCACAUACGCCGGAACUCCUGCGCUCGAAUUCUUACGACUCAAACGUCAGCUAUGAAGCUCUAUCUCCAACAACACCAGCCGUUUACGACUUCUCCAGAAGCCCGUAUGAGGACUUCGCUCUCGAGAAGUCGGGCGCCAUGAAGCGCCCAACUUACUUGGACAGCAGCAGAUCAAACUCAUUCGCCGAUGAGGAGAGCUCUAAUGCCUGUUCAGCACCUGAACGGACCGCCAAGCGCUACCCCUGCCGGUACCGCGACAGCCAUGGCUGUGAAAAGACAUUUACUACGUCGGGACAUGCCUCUAGGCACUCCAAGAUCCAUACUGCAGAAAAAGCCGUGCAAUGCACGUAUCAAGGCUGCCACAAGAAGUUUACUCGCGCCGACAAUAUGAAACAGCAUCUUGAGACUCACUACAAGGACAAGUCUCGAUCAUCCAGCAAAUCCUCGAAAUCUUCACUGAGCUCAUCUAAGCGUGGCUCUAUUUCAUCAAGAUCGUCUGCCUCUCAAGGUAGCAGCCAUGUAUCGGAAGAUGUCGUCAUGUGGGAUACCGACCACUACAGUGUAGUCCCUGAAAGCACUUGGGAUAUGCGACUCAACUUGCCGCUGAUGACUCGCCCUGGUGCUGUAAUGAGAACUAGCAGUGGGCUGGACGCACUCGCAGCCAUUGCCUGCCAAGAAGGCAGCGCAUAAGCUUACACCGUCAUAUUUUCUGGAUAUUUGCCCGAUUCUAAUGACUUGUGUUUUGGGCUUGGUUGCUACCUUGGCAGGUUUCAACCAUUAUAUAUACAUUGUACUCGGAGUUUUGGAUCAUUUUGAAGAUACCCGGAGCUCAUACAAAUGAAUGACACGCGGUCUCUGCAUCGAACUGGGAAGCCUUGGAUAAGGCAACAGGUAUCAGCAUUGAAUAACUGGAGGUUUCUUAGGAGUCUGGCAAAAAAGGGAAGGUCAGGCUCAAGGGCAAGCCCUUACGGCCAUGUGGUUUUUUUUUUUUUUUUUUCGGAUAAUACAAGAGAUCAUGGUUUUCCAGUGGUCUGUUCUACGGUCUGGCAUUUUAUUUUCGCAUUAGAUACCAC